UGGCCGUGGCCCGUGGCGACGGAGGAUCGCCAAGUCGCGAACAUGAUCACCACCGCUCACGACUGUGAGUAAGAGUGAGCAGUGGUGGAGAGAAAGAAUCAAAGGCGAGGACAAACUGAAGAAUUCUCCAUUCCUUUCUCGCUCCUCCUCCCCCUCUGCGACUAGUUCGCAGAAGCAGAGGGAAGGAAAGGGAGAAAAAUCGUAAAUAUAUUUAAAGGGAAUGGAGGGACCAUUUCUCUCUCCACCUGCGAAGCGUCCAUUCUACAACAUCACCGGAAUGCCAGAAAACAAUCCCAACAGCGCCAACGGUGCAUCCAAACGGGGCCGAGCCCCUCUGCCUCCCAUUGUUCUCUCUCCGGGCCAAGUCGCCUUCCGCCUACUCUGCCACGUCUCCAACAUUGGCGGCGUCAUCGGGAAAUCGGGCAGCAUCGUCAAGCAGUACCAGAAAGAGACCGGAGCCAAGAUCCGCGUCGAAGAGCCUAUCCCUGCGUGCGACGAGCGUAUCAUUUAUAUCGUCGCUCCUGAGAGUCCCAAGAAGAAGAUAAGAUUAAAGGGCUUAGCUGAGGGGGAUAAAGAGGGUGAAGUGGAGUUCGAAGUUUCGUCUGCACAAGAGGCGCUUGUUAGGAUAUUCGAGAGAGUCUUGGAAGUCGAGGCGGAGACCCAAGCGGUUUUCCCGCCACCAGGCGGGGCCGUAUCCUGGAGAUUGCUGGCGGCAACCAAUCAGGUUGGGGCGGUUAUGGGGAAAGGAGGAAAGGUUAUUGACAGGAUUAGGAAGGAAAAUGGCGUCAAGAUUAGUGUUUUAACGGCUGGGAAGCUUCCGGCUUGCGCAGCUCCGAAUGAUGAAGUGAUAGAGGUUACAGGAGAUAUUUUGGCGGUAAAAAAAGCACUUAUUGCUGUUUCCCGCUGCCUUCAAAGCUGUCCACUAAUAGACAGAACACAGACAGUUGCAAGCAGGCCCAUGGAGACAGCUACCCAUGGGACCUUUCCAGAUCCACAUGGGGAUCUUUUCCCACAACAGAAUUCAUUCAUACCACCUUUGUCAAGUAGUUCUGUUGAUUAUGCUUCAAGAAGCCUUCCUCUGCCUCAAGAGAUUGACAAGAUCUCCAACCUAGACCCAAAGAAGGCACAGCAAGAAGUUUCAUUCAGACUGCUGUGUUCCAAUGAUAAGGUUGGUGGUGUAAUUGGCAAGGGAGGAGUCAUCGUCAAGGCACUACAGAAUGAAACGGGUGCUUCUAUUAGUGUGGCAGCAUCAGUACCUGAGUCAGAUGAGCGUGUAAUCACCAUUUCUGCAAUGGAGAAUGCAGAUUCACAGUACUCUCCAGUGCAAAAGGCUGUUCUCCGUGUUUUCACUAGGUCUAUUGAGGUCGGCAUUGAAAAUGGUCUAGAGUCAGGGUCAAGCAAGGGAGCUUCUACCCCUGCACGGCUUCUAAUAUCAUCAAACCAAGUUGGUUGCUUGAUGGGUAAAGGAGGCACAAUAAUCUCAGAAAUGAGGAGGGUAACCGGUGCUGGUAUACGGAUAUUGGGAGGUGACCAAGUCCCAAAAUGUGCCUUGGAAAAUGAUGAAGUGGUACAGAUUACUGGCGAUCUUAAUAAUGUUAAGGAUGCUUUGUAUCAUAUUACUGGUAGACUGCGGGAUAAUAUUUUCCCAAAUAAACUUCCAAAAGGAGCUGGAGUUGGGAGCAACUCAUCAUCUGUUGUCUCAGAGGUUAGUCCCUAUGGAAGAGUGAGGGAACCUACUUCUGGGUUGUACCCAUCAGUAGGGCUUUCCCAUAAUCUUGAUCGGCAAACUACUCUAACACAGAGCAUGGAUCAUCUAGGACUUUCUCAUAGUUUAGAUCGUCCUCCCUCGCCAAGGUUAUGGACAUCACAGGCCACAAGCGGUGGGAAUCCAAGGGGCAUCACAGACAUGGGAAGAGGAUUGACAACAUUUAAAGGUGGCUUAGAACUUGGCAGAGGAAGCAAAUCUGCGAUUGUCACUAAUACAACUGUGGAGAUUGUGGUUCCUGAAAAUGUUCUUGCAUCUGUCUAUGGGGAGCAGGGUAGUAAUCUGAAUCGCCUAAGACAAAUCUCGGGUGCAAAAGUCAUGGUACGUGAUCCUCAUUCUGGCACAAGUGAUGCGUUGGUCAUUAUAUCUGGAACACCUGAUCAGACACAAGCAGCGCAGAGCCUCCUACAUGCUUUUACUCUAAGUGGACGGCCAUCACCAGAUCAUUCCAGGCUGUUAUGAUCCAAGGGGAAGACACGAAUUACUUGCCACUUGUUUCUUUGUGACUUAUUAUGGUUGAUGGGAAUAUUAUGGUGGCUUUUGGACCAAAUUUAAUGUAGAUUAGGUGCGAUAUUUUUUGUCCC